GCCUCCAGGAUAGCAGUUCGCACGUACAAAAUUGGGAGAAUUUUCUCAAGUGGAAGCUAAGGAGUAGAUAAACCUCCUAAUUGUCUCCCAAGUAUCAAGGACGGAUAUGGAAGAGUUAGUACUUACACCUGGAAGUCACUCGAUUUCCCAACCCACAAAUUGGAAGAAAGUCAGAACUAAGACAGAGCUUCUUUGGCAAUUGAUAUCUGCCAUGAAACAGCGAGAUGGUCAUACCUACCCUUUAUUUUCCUUGGAUGAUUGUCAUCAUUUCCAGCCCUGGUUUCGGCCGCAAUAUAAACCCAAGUUUAUUAUUAGUUACUCUAUUUGUUAGUGAUAUUUUUUCUUCUCACUUCUGCUCGCAUCAACCGUAAGAAGUAAAGAAGU